AGCCGUUCGUACUCGUGCAAUCUACAAUAGCGCAGUCUGGCGUUUGGAUCAUCAAACAUCUUCUCGAAAAUCCCGGGCGCGCGAUUGUGUUUUGCCUAGCGUAUGAAGGACUACAGAGCAGCGUCGCCCAGGCCCCCAACGUGGAAACUUGCGAUUUGCUCGACAACGUGCCUGGCUAUUCUGCAAACUACGUCGAUCCCAGGCAGUGGAUCCAAGAUGCUAUUGACGGGGCGGCUGCGACAGACCAGUUCGAUUUCGUGAUCGAUUCAGUCGACACUCUGCUCUCCGACAUCGGAUCCGUCGCAGAGACGUACAAAUUUCUGCAUCGCGUUCUUUGCCUUAUCCGGGCACGCCCAAGCCCAUCGCGGCUCAUCCUGCACGGCGUAGCGCCAUGCGCGCUGCUCCCAUUGCUCACGCAAAGCACAUUUUCGUCGUCGCUGACGCACAUUCUGGCCCACCCACCGUCGCUGCUGCUCCAUCUCUCGACCGAAUAUCUGACGCCGCCGCCGCCACUAUCUCCGGACGCAAAAUUCUGGAGCGUGUUUACACCCAUCAGCGAACGCGUGUACGAGAGCGAGAACAUCGUCUUUGGGGCGGAUAGAGACGGGGCAGGGGGGACCGGGGAAUUCGUGUGUGAGUUGGUCGUUCGAGUCGACUCGGGGGACGGGCUAAGGAGAAAGGGCGUGGAACGAUCGUUGAUUGGAUGGUCCCUGGCAGGAGGCCCUUGUUUGUUGAGCACGGUGCACGUUUUGAAACCGCUGUGGACGCGAACUGCAUUGGAGACUCCCGCCGUCGACCCAACUCAAAAUGUGUCCUUCAAUCUCACAUUGACAGCCUCGCAGCAAAACUCGAGGGCUCAAGUUCCUCUUCCUUACGUCCACGAAGGGAAACCGACGAUAUUCUAUGACCCAGACUCGGGCGAUGACAUUGACGAUGACGAUCCAGACGAGGACCUUGAUAUCUGAAAGCGUACAGAACAUGUAAUCUAAGCACGCGAUCCAAAACUCGAUAGUGCGGAAAGGGAAAAGCGACGGUUGCUCUUCUUCUUCGCGGCCAGCGCUUUGUCAUCCACAGUGCUAGUCGAUGGCUGAGGGUACGACCCGAUAUUCUCCCCAUCAGCCGAAGAAGCCGAUCUCGGAAUCUCCACCCGUCGCUGCGCAGAGAUAAAGCUCCCGUUGUUGGCCUGCUGCGCCUGGGCCCUCAGCGUCGACAACGCCGGCGGUCGGGGAUGGAACGCGAGGGCCGAAGAAGGUCGAUGCCGAGAAACAUCGGCAGGAGAUGCCGGAAACCGAGCGAGAUUGGCUAACGCAGGCAUUGAAAGUCGACGUUUCGAUUUGAUCUCCGCAAGGGUCUUCGGACGAGCAUGCGCGGUCAGAUCUGGCGAAGCUGGAUCCAUAGUCCCACGACUGAUUCCCCGACCAGAAGUAUAGCUCGACGAAGUCAACAGUGGGCCCACUGGGGGCUUCUGCGCCUAGGCUCGAAUCAGCCCCAGUCGAAGAAAGGCGCAUCACUUACGUCCAAACCCGGGGGAUGGGGCACAGGAAUCCCGAGCUGGCUCACUGUUCCAUCGCUGGGCAGAAGACAGUUAUACAACUGAGCGUUUGGAAGAUGUGAAAUUGUAUGGGCAGCCAUUUGCCGUGGCGGUGACGACAGAGUGCUUCCAACUUGCACAUUCACGUUGACGCCUUCAUUGAACUGCUCGUGUUUACUCUUGCCCGGCCACAAAAAGCGCUUCACCAGUUUCUUCAUUCUUCCGACAACGCCUCGGGACUUGACUGGCAUGGAUUCAGCAGGAAGAUAGCUCAGACCCUGGGAAUAUUGCUCCUCGUCCAAUGCAAGAGCCCCGUCCAAUUCGCUGAAUGCUGGGGAUUGAACGGCGGCCGCCGCCUCGUCUGUAAUCGAGAGAAGACUGGAAGGGAUCACUUGUGACAUUGAGGGCCCAUCAGUAGCCCAGGCAGACGAUACAACAGCUUCUGCAUAUUGAACGGCGCUCGAGUCCCCCGCAUAUUCGAUUUCGGAUUCGAUUUCAGGAAUAGAAGAUGGGAUAGGCGAGACGAUCGGUGAAACUGAGUCGGGGUGAGGGAAUGCAAGGAUGUGCGCCUCAAAGGGAUCUUCUUCGACCGGCACCAAGUCAUGGCCAAAAGAGAGAGCUGGAGAAAGCGGAGAAGGAGAAAGCGUCCAGGGACUACCUUGCUCACUGCCAGAGAACGAAGCAGCACUGUCCGAGAUGUCUCCUCUGAUGUCCAGAACAUCCAUGUCCGAACUCAUGCUGGUCUCUGCACUCCCAGGCAACGAAAGUGAAGUGAGCAUGGGCGCGGACGAGAUCUCGAUGGACGGGGUGCGAUUGGUGCCGAAUGAUUGACGUGGAGCAGAGUACAUAGGCGAAGGGCAGGGCGAGAUAUCCAGCAGGACACGGUCGUUGUAGUCGCUUCCAAAUGACGUCUCCCAGGACGGAGAGCUACUGUAGCUGAAGGAAGGCGAUUCAUUGACGGAUUGCAGUUGACGAUUUGAUGGACGAGGAAACGAAGAAGAUGUAGGUGACGCGAAGAUCAUGGGCGAGACAGGCGAAGAAGACGAGACGGAACAAUUGAUAGAGCAGGCAGGCGAGACACUAGACGCGUUCUGAGAGCGGAUAGAGCGUUGCGAUUCGGGACUAAGACUCUGUCGAUGAAACCGGACCGCACGAGUUUCCUGACCGAUAAUACGCUUAGGUUGAGGAAUUCUAGUAGGAAAAUUGUUAUGCAGAUUCGAGUACUUGAGCUUAGGGGAUGACUUGGAUAUGACGCCUUUCUCUGGAGAGGAGCGAGUUGUGUAGAUCGUGCUGGCGGAAGCGGCCUACAUUUGGUUUAGAGAUUAAAUCAGUGACAAGAAAACGACACCAACCGUUGCAAUAGAUCUCGAAGUAUCUGUCUAAGAUCCAGGUCAGAAUACAGAAGGGCGGGGAGGCUGACUAUAUGCUCACGCGAACGCGAGUGAGCUCUGAAUCCA